UACAUUUACACACCCACACACAUCAAUUGCUCCAUGAGUCCUAGGAACAGCUCAUUGUCACACACAGUCGAACUCAACUCCAUCCAACACCUUCGUACACAGUCCUUAUAAGGCAGAGUUACCUCUGAGAAGAUUGGAACUUUACUGGAACUAAAGCAGAGAGGACAGACAAAACAACUUUAGUGAACUUGGACCCCAGGAAUUGGCCACUGGUGAGCUCUGUGGUGCUUCAUAGGCAGCCAACCAUAAAAAAGAAGAACUUUACACCAUUCUUGUCAUUCUGAAAGACUAUAAAACCAGUGUCCAAUCUCCAUCAUCACACAGGAAGCCAAGAACUUCCUACUAGGUUGGGACCUUGAACCUUGAAUUCAAAAAGAUCCUCAAAGACCCAGAAAGAAAGUCUGUGUGGACAAAGUACUCUGCAAACACAGACUCAGUGUCUUUAACAGAAAAAUAAAUUCAGAAGCUAUUGUUCCUGAUCAAUUCCUCACCAAAGGAUGGAGAUUUCAGAUAUCACAGAAACCUACCUCACAACCACAGACUAUGACUAUGGGGACUACACUCCAUGCCAAAAGACUGCUGUAAGAGCCUUUGGGGCUGGACUCCUGCCUCCCUUGUACUCUCUCGUGUUCAUCACUGGAGUGGUAGGCAAUAUCCUGGUGAUUCUGGUGCUCAUGCAGCAUAAGAGGCUUCAAAGCAUGACCAGCAUCUACCUGUUCAACCUGGCUGUCUCUGAUCUGGUCUUCCUUUUCACUUUACCUUUCUGGAUUGACUACAAGUUGAAAGACAACUGGGUUUUUGGUGAUGCCAUGUGCAAGCUUCUCUCUGGGUUUUAUUACAUAGGCUUAUACAGUGAGAUCUUCUUUAUCAUCCUGCUGACAAUUGACAGGUACCUGGCCAUUGUCCAUGCAGUAUUUGCCCUGAGGGCCAGAACUGUCACUUUUGGCAUCAUCACCAGUAUUAUCACCUGGGUCCUAGCCAUCUUAGCUUCUAUUCCUGCCUUAUACUUUUUCAAGGUCCAGAGGGAGUUCACUCACCAUACCUGUAGCCCUCACUACCCCUACGAGAGCCUGAAACAGUGGAAGAGGUUUCAGGCUCUAAAGCUAAACCUCCUUGGACUAAUUUUGCCUCUGUUAGUCAUGAUAAUCUGCUAUGCGGGGAUCAUCAGAAUUCUGCUCAGACGACCCAAUGAGAAGAAGGCCAAAGCUGUGCGUCUGAUAUUUGCUGUUACACUUCUAUUCUUCCUCCUCUGGACCCCCUACAAUCUGACAGUAUUUGUUUCUGCUUUCCAAGAUGCUCUAUUCACCAAUCAGUGUGAGCAGAGCAAGCAGCUUGACCUGGCCAUGCAGGUGACUGAGGUGAUUGCCUACACCCACUGUUGUGUCAACCCAAUCAUUUAUGUCUUUGUGGGUGAACGGUUCUGGAAAUAUCUUCGACAGCUGUUUCAAAGGCAUGUGUCGAUACCACUGGCAAAAUGGCUGCCCUUCCUCUCUGUGGACCAACUAGAAAGAACCAGCUCCAUAUCUCCAUCCACAGGAGAACACGAGCUCUCUGCUGGCUUCUGAUUCAGACCCUAUGUGUCAACAAAGGUCUAGAAGAUACUGAGGUGAUAGUAUAUAGCUCUCCAAGACAGAUACUGACAGUUCUUACAGUGAGGAUUCCCAAUCUUGUAUGGUCAAAGGGAACUUGGAGGUAGCUUAGGUAUAAGCUAAUGGUUAAUUGUUUCCUUGAACAUCUCUCUGUUAGAAAGGAGAUGAAUAAACAAAGUGGGGCAUUCUAGAAACUGGAAUAAUGGUGGCAAUAAGCGGCGUGGGCCCUACAUGAGAUAAGAUUUGUAGUUAUUAAUUUAAAAACAAAGCCACUACUUUUACUGAACUCAACUCCUAAUGAUGUGAUAUUCUGAGAAAAUGUUAAAGCAUUGUAAUAGAGAAGAAUUUUGCAUACUUGCAUCUUGACAUAAAAUAUAAGAUGUUAUGUCAAAAUAAUUAAAACUGCAACAAACUAAAGUUUUUCUAUUCAUUUAUUUUAAAUAAUUUGUAAAGAUACAAAUAAAUCACAGAAUAAAUGCAGUAGCAUUGAUGUGAAAAUACUGAUCACAAGGAAAUAACUAUUAAAAUAUAAAAGUUCUUUUGGAUGCUAAAAGUGGUGAAUAAACAUUUCAUUUUACUAAUGAAAAGUCACAGUACAGGUUCAGAAAUGUCAAAAACAGUCACUGACUUGUAGUUUGAUACAAAUGUAAAUUUGUGUAAUAUUUCUGAAAAGGAAUUUGGAAAGUUCAAUACUCAAAAGCUAAGUAGUCAAUUUUAGAGUGAUGUUAACAAAUGCUAUUGAAAUGUCAUAUAGUUUAAUAAUUUCAGAAAUAGUAAAUGUCAGUCAAUAUGGUAUACCUUAAAGAAAAUUUUGAUUGGGGAAUAUGUUCAUAAUAUUAUUAGAUUAAAAUGGAAAAUAAAAAUCUGGCAAAAUGGCUCACUGGAAAAGGCACUUACUACCAAGAUAACAACCUGAGUUCAAUUUUAGGAGCCUACAUGAUGAAAAGGAGAAAACUGACUCUAACAAAUAGUCCUCUGAUCUCAAUAUGUGCACACAUAUGGAGACAUACACACAAAUAAAUUAAUGCAAAAAAUAUAGGAUUCUUUUGGCCCAUAUUUUAUAUAUGACAAGAACAAACUAAAGGAAUGUAUCAAUCCAUUUUCCUCUGCUAUAAUAAAAUCUCCAAAGCCAAUACUUUAUAAAAAUAAAGGUUUGUUUAGCUUGAAGCUUUGGAGACUCAGCAAAACAGUCUGUUCAGCUCCCAUAAGAGCUCCAUCGGUCUAGACUUCAUGAUCUGAGCAUAAGCAAGAAGGCAAAAAUCACAUGGAGUAGCAGGAAUCUGAAGAACUAAAGGGGCCUGUCUCUUGUGGGGAUCACCACAGGUCCUCUGAGAAUGUCUUAGUUCCUUUAAAGAAUAAUAUCCCUAAUAAUAUAAUCACCUCAAACUUGGCUCAGUGAUGUUAAAAGUGUCAUCACCCAUACACUGAGAAUCAAGCCAUCUACAUGAGUCCUUGGAAACAACCCCAAACCAUAUCAAAGUGAAGACUCCCAGUAGUUACAGGCAUGGCAGUGUUUAUUAGGCCAAUGAGUCCCAAGAAUUACAAGUGAAUGCCACCACACCUAGAUGUUUUUAAGAGGGCUGGUGAAAAUCAAAUUCAGGUCCUUGUGCUUUCAAAGCAAGUACUUCACCAGCUGAACGACAUCCCCAUGUCUUUAAAUAUUUGUUUAAAGAGUUGUUAAACAAACAACAAAAACAUGGUUCAUAAAUGGAAAAAGGAACCUUAAUAAAAAGAUUUUUUUCAACAUUUACAACUUUUCCAUUUCAAAGAUACCAUUAAGAAAAUUAGAAGACAAGGAAUAAAAUGAAAGAAAAUACUUAAAAAAUAUAGUCUGAUAUAAGACAUAUUCAGCAUUUAUAAAGAGCUCAUACAGCUCAGUAGUAAGAAAACAAACAGCCUAACCACAAAAGUACAAAGAGACCCACAUAUUUCACUGCAGAAAGUAGAUAAAUGACUGAAGAAAUAUUAAAAUGUAUUUUGUAUUUCUUAUUAGAGAAAUAAAGUCACAAAAACCACAGUCACAUUGCUUUUUAUACUCAGCGGAAUUACUAUGAGACAUACAUCAUACAUAAAUAAAUGUGAACAAGGGUAUGGAGAUAAAAACCUCAAAUGCUGUUGGUAGUGUUGUAAAAUGAGGCAACAACUUUAGGAAGCAAUUUAUUUUCCUGAAGAUGUUAAAAAUUAACUUAACAAUUCCACUUCUCAAGAAUAUCCAAGAGAAUAAAAAGCAUGCCCCUCCCCCACAAAAUUUGCCUGUGAUCACUGUCAUAAAUCAAAAAUUAGCUAUUUAUAUCUCUAUUUAGACAUAUCUAUCAACUGGUAAAUAGAAAAAAAUGUGUAUCUGCUAAGUGGAGUUGUUCUUCAACAUUAUUUUUAUGUGUGAGUAUUUGCCUUCAUAUAUAUGUGUGUGUGUGUGUGUGUGUGUACACAACAGGUGUGCCUGGUGCCCAUAGAGGCCAAAAAUGAUAUCAGAUUGACAGGAACCAGAGUUAUAGACUGUUGGGCUAGCGUGUAGGUGCUGGAAACCAAACCCAAGUCUUACGCAAGAGUGGCAAGUAUCCUAUGGAGGCAGCAAAAUAAGCUAGUAUGGUAGCAAGCACCAUAAUCGAGGCACUAGGGAGACAGAGGCAGGUGGCCACUUCGAGGCCAGCCUGGUCUACAAAGUGAAUUCCAGGAUAGCCAAGGCUGUUACACAAAAACUCUGUAUCAAAACAAACAUAGAAAAAGACAGCAAAAUACUAGCAUCUUUUAUGGUAAGAGAGCCUCAGAACCAUCAUGCUAUGUGAAAGGAUUCAGCCUCAAGAAACCACCUCUUACAUGAUUUCAUUCAUGUGCAAAGUCCAGAAGGCAAAUAUAGAAACAGAAUGUAGAUCCGCUUGAAAUAUCCUGGGCUGGAAACAGACUAACUGUGAGGAGUGUGCAUGAACUUGGUAGAGGGAUAGGAAAAAGAAACUUGGGAUGAUCCUAUCAAGUAAUAUUAAAACACUACCUUUUUUUUUUCUCCAGGCAUGGUAGAUAUUUUAUUUCUUUAGUUUUGUCUUGUUUUGUUUGGAGCUUUUAUUUUAGUACAUCUUGUUUUAUCCUCGCUGGUUAAUUAAUAGAAAGAUAGCUUUGUAAAGAAAAAAAAGAGAGAAUCCUUUUAACAUCUCAACAUUCUACCGUGCUACUUCAUUGCCUUUAAUAUAAAUAAUUCUCCUACCAAUGGUUCCAGAUAUGUAGGCAAUGUACCAGGAGAAUAUUCUAAAAGGAAAUAGCUAUUUAUAAUUUUCAUUGUUCUAAUAUUAAAUACUGAAAUUGAGGAUGAAUAAAUAAAUAAAGAUAAGGAAGUAACACUGAGUGCCUGUGUGCCUGGCUCUACAAAUUGCUCCAUAUAGUUUUGCAGUCUUCUGGCAUCCA